CUUUAACCCCAGGUCUGUUUGUGCAGUGCAUCCUGGGUAAGUUGAGCAGAGUGAUGGUUGGAUGAGUUUUGGGAGGGCGGCUGCAACAGACAGAUGAUGGCAGAGUCCAGCCCUCUGACGACUCACGUCCUGAACACUGGAGACGGGGUCCCGGCGGCCCGUCUGGCCCUCAGCCUGCACUGGCUCGACCCCAGGAUCAUGAUCUGGACCAUGCUGAGUGUCGGGACUACAAAUGAAGAUGGCCGCUGUGCAGGACUCAUCAGCAGAGGAGCGUUCGGACCCGGGAUGUAUAAACUGCGCUUUGAGACGGGGUCGUACUGGGAGGGUCUGGGUCAGAACUCCUUCUACCCUUAUGUGGAGGUUGUGUUCACCAUCAGUGAGCUGGAUCAGAGGAUUCACCUCCCUCUGCUGAUGAGUAGGUUUUCCUACAGCGUCUACAGAGGAAGCUGAGAGCUGCUGCUUCAUUUGUAUAUUAUCUCAGUAGCAAAUGUUUAAUUUGUUAAACGUUGAAGUUGAAAUGCUUGAUUCUUAAAGUCGAUGUGUCUAUAUAUGUGUAUACAGUAUACAUUUUAAAGCAACAAUUACAAACAUAUGGUGGUUUUCAGCGUCUUUACUGUCUUAAAUUAUACUCAAUAAAAAUAUAUGGCUUUGGGA